AUGCCGUCGACCGAGGCGAAUACGGUCCCAGAUACACAACUGGGUCUGACGGAAGACGAGAUCCAGCUUCUUCGCUACCACCAGACACAAGCCGCGGGGUCUUCUUCCUCGCGAGCCGCAAGUCGUGCGUCGUCACAGGGCCGACUGCUUUUGGAUAGUACGAGCCUGCAUGCUCUUUCGUCCCACCUAAACCGCCUGAUGCAACAGAUCCAGCAGCGAAUCGAGUACUUGAGCGAGCAGAGUUCCAUUGUGACUAUGCAACAAUAUGACCGCGCAGGAAACAUUAUUGACAACGCCGAUGCCGAAAUCGCACGCUUCAAUGCCAUCAUGCAGCAGAUAGAUGAGUUGGAACUCGACUUUGAUCGCAUCCGGCAUAUAAGAGACAUCGUAAGACAGUACCGUUCGCGGGUCGAAUCACUGGAACGCGAGCUGGAACAUUCAAGCUCAUCACGGCGGGACGGUCACCAUCACCACCACCGGCACAGCCACAGUCACUCACAACGACACGAAGGAAGCUCGUCAGGUAGACGACACCGCCACUAG